AUGUCGGCGACGCCGCUGCCCUCGUCGGGCCCCGACGGCGCGGUGGCGCUCCCGCCCCCUCCGGGCACGGACAUGACGGGGAUCUGCUUCCGCGACCAACUGUGGCUCGACACCUACCCGCUCGACCGCAACCUCGUCUUCGACUACUUCGCGCUCUCCCCCUUCUACGACAUCACCUGCAACAACGAGUCCCUCCGUUCGCGCCAAAUCCACCCUCUCGACAUGUCUCACCUUACGAAGAUGACCGGGAUGGAGUACCUUCUGAGCGAAGUGAUGGAGCCGCACCUGUUUGUGAUCCGGAAGCAGAAGCGGGAGAGCCCCGAGAAAUCAAGUCCCAUGCUCGCCUACUACAUCCUUGACGGCUCCAUCUACCAGGCGCCACAGCUCUGCAACGUCUUCGCCUCACGGAUAAGUAGGGCUAUGCAUCAUAUAUCAAAAGCCUUUACCAUAGCAUGUUCAAAGUUGGAGAAGAUUGGAAACGCGGAAACUGAGUCUGAUGCAGUAGCCUCUGAAUCAAAGACCCAAAAGGAAGCAAUCGACCUGAAGGAACUCAAACGAAUUGAUCAUAUCCUGUCAUCCUUGAAACGGAAGAUAGGGGCUGCUCCUCCCCCCCCCCAUAUCCCAGGGGCUAUGUCCCACCAUCAGCAGAACAAGAGAAAGCACCGGAUGAUGUGGCAGCAUCAGAGGCACCACCUCAACUUGACCCUAUCCUUGAUCAAGGUCCUUCUAAAAGACCAAGAUUCCAAUGAAAGAUUUGUAGCUUAA